AUGACUGAAGCCCUUCAACCACUUCUGCUUGCCGAGGCUAUCACAGACUGUGACCUGAGGGAAGCAGCCAAGCAGUUAAGGAAACGAGAGGACGUCACUAUAUGCAGGGUGGACAAAACUGCUGCCUUCGUACUUAUGCAGACUGAAGAAUAUCAUCGGAAAAUAGAAGAAAUCCUAGCAGACACCACAAAAUUCACCAGGAUCACCAAGAACCCCGUCGACAACAUCAAACGUAAGGCAAAUCGGAUCAUAGAGACGGUCAAUGCCACCUCUUACGCCCUUCAUCUACCACCUAUCACGGGCGACCGUAACCUGGGGUACAUCUACAGGAACGUCAAGACUCAUAAGCAAGGGAGCCCCCUUCGCCCAAUUAUUAGCCAGAUUCCUGCCCCUACGUACCUGUUGGCCAAGAAGCUUAACACCAUUCUGACCCUGUACGUCCCGGACACUUACAGCUCUAAGUCGUCAGCUGAGUUCCUAGAAGCCUUACGAGUAACGCCCUCCAGAAGAUGUAUCGCUUCGAUGGAUGUGGAGUCCUUAUUUACCAACGUCCCGGUCAAUGAGACCAUUCAAAUGAUCUUGGACAAGGUAUACAGGGACCCCGAUACACCACCCUUAAACAUCCCUGAACAUGCCCUUCGUGCAUUGCUGGAUAUCUGCACUAAGAUGGCCCCCUUUUCCGACCACCGCGGCCGCAUGUACACCCAGAUCGACAGGGUGGCGAUGGGUUCCUCCCUUGGAGUCCUCUUCCCCAAUUUUUACACGGGCACUGUCGAAGAGAGGGUCUUCCAGAAUUCCAGCAAACUAAGCAUGUAUUUGCGCUACAUCGAUGGCAGCUUCGUCAGCGCCGACUCCCAGGUAAAGAUAGAGCAGCUGCGAUGUGCAUUUCAUUAUCACAGCUGCCUUUCCUUUACCAUAGAACACUGCGAAGACCGCCGCCUCCCCUUCCUCGACAUCCUUGUCGAGCAGCAAGACACCAGAUUCCGCACGAACGUGUACACAAAGCCGACGAACCUGGGUAUGUGUAUGAACAGAGAGAGCGAGUGCCCUUAG